AUGCACACAGCGCCCCCUCCAUGGGGACCCCACCCCGGAUGCCCUAGCUCAGGGCAUUCUGGAUGCCUUCGGAGACCAGUGCUGCUCUCUCAAGUCUUUUCCCCGGAGAGGACCUCCAAGGGGCCCCAAGUUCACGUCCAGCCCAUCCACAGGCCCCUCCAGCAAGAAAUCUUCUCCUUUGAGCUCUCUGGGGGUCUCCCGUGGGGUGGGCCUGGUCCUGGAAGCCGACUGACUGUGGGCGCCGGGAAGGCAAAGAGGAACGUGUGUGGCCUGGAGCUUCCAGGGCAGCAAGUGCGGGUCCCGCAAGGAGGUGGGCAGGAGAGGAUGCCCGGGACGCGCCCGUUGAAUGUGGGCGGCAGCAGAAAGAACCGGGCCCCCCAGGGAACCACUGCAGGAGCCACCCGCUGGCAGAACAGUGACCGCAGGGACUCUUGGGAGGCCACGGGCCCGGGUUACCUGUUCCCGGCAGUAACCUCCCUGAGCCGGGAAGCAACUGGCAACAGCUGCGGCACUCAGCCCCCGUCUGUGCUGGGCGGCCAUUGGCCGGAGCUGGGGGAGAGGUGCUGCAUCUACAUCGGCCUCAUCUCACCUGCUGCCUUGCAUCCACUCUGUUUCAGAAGUGACACAACAGAGACCAUGGCAGCUCUAAGUAGUAACCUUCCUGACAACUGA